AUGAUGAUAUCAUGGCUGCUGUUUAAUCUUGAUGGUUCAAUAUCCACGAGUGUUCCGUAUUUUCAUACUGCUAGGGAGAUAUGGCUAGAUCUAGAAGAUAGAUUUGGUUUUGUGUCUGGACCACAACUCUUCUCUCUAGAACAACAGGCAGCUGAAAUCACACGGGGAGGACACAAUGUGGCUGAGUUCUUCACUGACAUCAAGUCCAUAUGGGACAAGAUAAGUGCAGCAAAUCCAUUGCCAACAUGCACCUGUAACCUAUGUGUAUGUAAUGUGACACAAAGAAUCUUUAAGAUGCAACAAGAGCAAAGGCUUAUGCAGUUCCUCAUGAAAUUAGGAGAACAUUUGGCUGUAACCAGAGGAAGCCUUCUAAUGAUGCAACCAUUGCCAACCAUUUCACAUGCAUAUAGAAUGCUGGCACAGGAAGAAAGGCAAAGAGAGAUUGGUGCAGUCUCACAACAGCAUGAGAGUCAUGCUUUUGGAGCUGACAGAAGGAGGUUUAAUGAUAACCAAAAUAAGGGAGUUUUCAAUCCUUCCAGGAACCAACAACCUUAUUACAAGAGCAACUAUACAGGAGGAAACAAAUCAUCUGUGUACAAAAGACCUUCUAUCUAUUUUUGUGAUCACUGCAAGAUCAAUGGGCACAGUACUGAGAGAUGCUUCAAGCUGCAUGGAUUUCCACCUGGUUUUACUGGUUUCAAAUCUGACAGAAAAACUGCAGCAGUGGCUUACACAGAUGAAGGUUACACUGAUGAAGAAAUGGGAGAAUACCAACAACAACAAUCAUUCUAUCCUCCAGAAAGAGAUCACUCUCAGUCACAAAUGCAGCCUCAACCAGGAUUUCUUACUGCAGAACAAUGUUCACAAUUGCUGAGUCUUCUGAACAAGCAACAAAAUGACAAAAUGUGUCCACCAGAGACUCAAAAUGAGGAAGGAGAGCCUUCAGCUCAUGCUUUAAUGGCAGGUAACAAUUUCUGUUUGCUUACAUGUUCUCAAUCCAAUUGGUUACUAGAUAGUGGAGCAUCAGAUCACAUGUGUGGGAACUUGAACAUGUUUGAUUCUUAUAAGGCUAUAUUUGGAAACAAUGAGUUCAUAACUAUCCCUGAUGGAAGAAGAGUAGGAAUACAACAUAAAGGAACAGUCACUAUUAAUGAUAAUAUACAGCUGAAAGAUGUACUGCAUGUGCCUGAUUUCCUCUACAACUUAUUGUCUAUCAACAAACUGUGCAAAGACCAGAAUUGCACAGUCUCAUUCACUGCUGAUAAAUGCUAUGUUCAGGGCCAUUCAAUGAAAGAGCUACAUGUGCUUGGUAGUGUGAGGUCAGGAUUAUACAGCAUUGAUGACAACAAGCUACAAACUGAUGGUGUACCACCUUCAGCUACCUGUUUUCAAGCAUCUAAUAACAACACAGUUGCUGCACAUAUUUGGCAUUUGAGGCUUGGACAUGUUAAUGUCGACUAUCGAGGUGACUAA